ACGCCAUAUCUGGCCCCUCCAAAUUUUCGGCCUCAUUACGCCACUGUACGCAGAUAAAGGCAUCUGAAAUAAUUGUUAAACAAAAUCAAUAUUGCCAUUUAAUUUUUUUAUUGAAAAAUAAUAGACCAGUGACAGGAGAUCAUUAUCAUCAGCAAUUAGGCUUAAACAGAUUGCGAUCUAAUCAUAUUUCAUUUUUUAUUUCUAAAUUCUGAAUUCAGUGAAAGUAUCAACGCGAGGGGACAAAUUUGAAGAUUUCUCGGGUCACUACCUUUUUUAAGGAGUCCUGACAAAAAAUAAAAUACAUUCGAUUUAGCUUUCGAUAUUGCCCUCAUCAUCAACAAACUACUCCUACCUUUGUCAUCCAGUUCGCGAAGAUGCCUUCCACUAAUGAGAAAGACACGAAGAUGGCGGGAGCUUCACCAGUGAGCUACAAAGGAAAAGAAGAUCACAAUAUUCCCCUCGUCGUGCUGACUGUGCUCAUGGUCAUCAUCUACUGCGUAUCUCUUGUUAUUCCAAACUCCGAACAAUGGGGUUGGUUGCCGACGUCGCAACAGAACGUCUCCGAUGCACAUCCGACCGAGGUCACCCCAGCUGUAUGGGCGUUCCUUAUCUGGAUCGUCAUAUUCAUAUGGCAGAUGCUGUGGCUCAUCUACGCUCUCGUCAACCUCUGCCGACGAAACGAACACGGUCCCGUCUACCUCAACCCACCGAUCAUCAACAUCCACUUCGUUGUCGCGUACCUGGCAAGCCUGGUCGCCAUCAUCGCCUGGUAUUUCGUUUGGGCUUAUCUCAUCUUCUGGGGAUCGUUAAUAGUGAUCGCGAUUAUUCCGAUAUCUGUCUGGACUUGCAUUGGUAUCCUUACUCGUGGACUCGUCCGCUACAAAGAUGACUUUUCAAGUCAAGUUGAUCUUUGGAUAUACCGUAUUCUAGUCCUCAACGGCCUUGCUAUCUUUGGGACCUGGACCUCACUUGCCACGCACAUUAACAUCGCUAUGGUCUUCAUCUACGACUUCGGCACGAGUAUCAACGUCGGCUCCACCAUCGCACUCGUCCUUCUCCUCAUCAUCGUCAGCGUGUACGCAUUCCUCGAUCUCUUCUUAUGGGAUCGCUAUCUUCGAUUCAACGUCCUUUCCUUCCCCGUGGUCAUUUGGGCAGUAUCAGGCGUCAUCGACAAACGACAGGACGAAGUCGAUUUCAGCGUCGAUGCAAACUUUAUUCUUGCCGCCAUUUUGUUGUCUGUAGGUGUUGUUGCGUUUAUUCUAAAGAUUGUUUUACUUAUCGUUCGCUCUGUACAAGAGAGCAAACGGCACGUCGUCUAAAAAAAUACCCUGAAGACGCAAUAAGUUUUGGAUUAAUUAAGACGUGGUUAAUGCUAAGAACUGCUUAAAGCAAUGGUUGCCAUUACUCGCGGGCCGGCAUAGGUUUCAUUCUCUCAAGGAACUCAAAUACUGACGUAAUAUCCACAUGUAACUUUUCAUUCAACAUUAAUGUAUUCUUUUGACAUGAUUGCGUGACAUUGACUUUAAUAUCAUUCUGUACCAUCCAUGUCAAGAUGAUAUGUAGAUUUUAUCAAAUAUAAGUAGCAUAUUGUAUAGUAGUGUAAUGAAGACUACUACAACAUCAAGUAUUUAUUUCAUGCUUAUUGUAUUCAUAAUUUCAACAUGAGUCAACGACCAAAGACCGUCUUUAUUUUAUGAAAUGAAUGUCAAUAUUCUUUGUUUUACAUUUCUCUUCCUGUUCCAAACAUGCCAAAUGAAAAAAAAAGAAUGACGAAAACGACAGAUUGAUUGUUAUCCAUUUACAUGAUUUAGCUGAUAUAGCUAACUACUCCUACGCUGUAAAAUCGCUGUUUAAAAUUCUAAGCAAGUUGUUUAAGCCCGUCACUCUAACAUAUGUUUUUUAACUUUUUAAACAACUGUUUGAACCUUUUUGUUUAAAAAGUUUAAAAGUGUAAGCAACUUGUUAGGGUGACAGGCUUAAACAACGUGCCAUUUGUUUUAUUGUGUAACUCGAUAGAAGUCCUCAUUUUGUAUAUGGUUAUGUAGUUAUCUGUGCAUUUUCUCCCCCAGAAAGCAACAUGACAAGUUAAAAGGAUGCUCCGGGCUGAAUAUAUUCAUAUCUAAACAAAUAGAGCAAAUGAUAAAAAUGUCAUCAAACCCGGAUGACAAAUACCGAAGUUAUGGCAUUUUUAAAGAUUUGCAAUAUUAUUAUUUGCAAAUUGACUUCGCUAUUUUUCAUCAGAUUUUGAUGAAAUUUUCAGCAUUUGGCUUUGUGAAUUUUAUUCUGUUAAUUCAGAUAUAAAUAUUUUUAGCCUGGAGCAUCCCUGGUUAUUAUUCACGUUUGUUACUGCGCAUUCAUACUUAAUCAUUUUAUAUUUCGGUUAGGCUUUAUAGCGUCUAGUUUAGCCAUUGAUAAUGUUGAUGAUCACAGAGAUGUUCUCGAGCAAUUAUCAUUAUUGUAUGGCGGACUCUCGUUUGGAUUCACUGAAAAUUGAAGGAGCUCAAUCCGCCAAUUUUAUAUUGAUAUGAGUAUGGACGAUACGUAUUCCUCUUUCCUUGCUCCUCUAUUAUAUUAUUAAUGAGUUUUUCUCCGGCCAUUGCAUACAGUUUAAAAAAAAGUGCACACCUAGUUACCAAAAGCAUUUCCAUUUAUUUGAAUGCAAGAUAAAAGAACAUUGCCGAUUAUUGUCGGACAUUGUCGAUGGGUACCGGUAGGAAGUAAUUCCUUAAAAAACUGUGUGCGCUAUGAACGCCUAGCUUGGCCGGGUAAUAUAGAAGCACCUUGAGCACCUAACAAGGUGGAUAUGUGCGCAAUAUAAAUACCCUAUAUUAUUAUUGAAUACCUCGCUCACGGACAUAAGUGCCGCGGAUGGAUAUCGAACCCGGACAUUCCAUGUAUAGUCAGACGCCAUAUACCACUCGACUACCUCCCCUCAUCCAUCCAGUGGUCUUCAUGUACAGACGUAUACAAUCCGAUAUUGGAACAAAUGGGUCGCAAAGCAAUCGUAGUGUGUACCGUGGACAUUAGCAUAGUAUUUCCAAGGAGCUAAAGGCCUGGUCACACCACCCGAGCGUUGUUGGAGCGGUCCUGGAG